GUUUUGAAAGCAGAGAAGCUAAACCAUGGUUGAAACCCGACGGUUAGGAUCACAGAUCGAACCCAAAAAUUGAUCUCAGCCGUUCGCUCCCUCCCGGGACCUAACCGUUGUUAACGGCGGACUUCUGUUUCCGCUAUAAAUUCAGAGAGCAAUGGCUCGUCGGGAGAACAGCGAACAUCAAUCCAUCGGAGGCGUCUUGAUAAACGCCUUUCGUUGUUUGCGCUUGUUUUUGUUUUUCCUUCGAUUUCCCACUGUUUCUCCUGCAGUUUCCUUCCACCCGAACAGUUAAAAUGAGAGAGUGCAUUUCGAUCCAUAUCGGUCAGGCCGGCAUUCAGGUCGGCAAUGCCUGCUGGGAACUUUACUGCCUCGAGCAUGGCAUCCAGCCUGAUGGCCAAAUGCCAGGUGACAAGAUUGUUGGUGGAGGUGAUGAUGCCUUCAAUACCUUUUUCAGUGAAACUGGUGCUGGGAGGCAUGUUCCCCGUGCUGUCUUUGUAGAUCUUGAACCCACUGUCAUAGAUGAAGUUAGGAUUGGAACCUACCGCCAGCUUUUCCACCCAGAGCAACUGAUCAGCGGCAAGGAAGAUGCUGCCAACAACUUUGCUCGUGGUCACUACACAAUUGGGAAGGAGAUUGUUGAACUCUGCUUGGAUCGCAUCCGAAAACUUGCUGAUAAUUGCACUGGCCUCCAAGGGUUCCUCGUCUUUAAUGCUGUUGGAGGGGGCACUGGAUCUGGUCUUGGUUCCCUUCUCCUUGAGCGGCUUUCUGUUGAUUAUGGAAAGAAAUCCAAGCUUGGUUUCACUGUCUAUCCCUCACCACAGGUCUCCACAUCUGUUGUUGAGCCCUACAACAGUGUCCUCUCAACCCAUUCGCUUCUGGAGCACACUGAUGUUGCCGUCCUUCUUGACAAUGAAGCAAUCUAUGACAUCUGCAGGCGCUCGCUUGACAUCGAGAGGCCCACUUACACCAACUUGAACCGCCUUGUUUCCCAGGUGAUUUCGUCCUUGACUGCAUCCCUGAGGUUUGAUGGUGCCUUGAACGUGGAUGUGACUGAAUUCCAAACAAACUUGGUACCCUACCCAAGAAUCCACUUCAUGCUUUCAUCUUAUGCACCGGUUAUCUCAGCUGAAAAGGCACAUCACGAGCAGCUCUCCGUUGCGGAGAUCACCAACAGUGCAUUUGAGCCCUCAUCUAUGAUGGCAAAGUGCGACCCCCGCCACGGCAAGUACAUGGCGUGCUGCCUGAUGUACCGCGGUGAUGUUGUGCCCAAGGACGUGAAUGCGGCUGUUGCCACGAUCAAGACCAAGCGCACCAUUCAAUUUGUCGACUGGUGCCCUACUGGAUUCAAGUGCGGUAUCAACUACCAACCACCUACCGUUGUUCCGGGAGGUGAUCUGGCCAAGGUGCAGAGAGCCGUCUGCAUGAUCUCCAACUCUACUAGUGUUGCCGAGGUCUUCUCCCGCAUAGAUCAUAAGUUCGAUCUGAUGUAUGCCAAGCGCGCUUUCGUGCAUUGGUACGUGGGUGAAGGAAUGGAGGAGGGAGAGUUCUCUGAAGCUCGUGAGGAUCUUGCUGCUCUGGAGAAGGACUACGAGGAGGUGGGUGCUGAGUCGCCUGAUGGAGAUGAGGGUGACGAAGGGGAUGAGUACUGAGGAUUGAGGAAGAGGGAUAGGGUUCAUCUGUGGCUGUUUGGCUUUCUUUGUGGCAUUUCCCUUUGUGGUACCGUAUUUUGUGUCUUAGGUUUCAGUCACCUGUUGUGUUUCUGAAUCUGAAUGGCAUCCAAAACUGGUGGAAAUCUAAGGGCCCUUCGUUUGUUCGUCUAUUUCUGAAUGAAUUAUGUGCUUUGCUUGUCCCUUGCAAGU